GGCAGCUGGGAGCCUCCUUCAAGUUGUGGUUUGAGCCGGCAGCGCUGGUGGUGGAACACGGCGGAUCGGUCCGGUUUAAGUUGAAGACGGACUGCCAGGAUGUCAACAUGACGGGCAACGUGGAGACGUCGAUUCGGAAGCACGUGACGAAGCCGAGGCCGGGGGAGUUGGUGGUGGAUCUGUUCAACGUCACCCUGUGGAAUUCCAGCAUCCUCGGCUACUACUGCUGCUACUCCGUGAGGGAUGUGGUGUCCACCGAACUCAUCAUCUACCGUAAGGCGCUGUGGGUUAGAGGUGUACCGGACCGGCCGGUGCUGGACCAAAUACCGGCGCUGGAGGUGGGGAAGAGCCACGAACUCGUCUGCUCCGUGGGCGAGGUCGCGCCGAUCCGGAACCUAACGGUGAUCCUGCGGCGAGGCGGUAGCGUUCUGCACAUGGAAACCUUCGAGCGGAGCCAGGAUGAGGUUGGGGAGGUCCUGGUGACCCACCAGCUGGUGGCACAGCGCUGGGACGACGGGCAGAACGUCACCUGCCAGGCACUGCUCGACCUGGCGCCCUCCGGCCCACGCUUCAGCAACACCUCCGACCCGCAGACCUUGGCCGUCUACGAAUUCCCGGAGGAUCCCAAGCUGGAGCCUCACAUCUAUGUGGAGGUCAAUGAGAGGGUGAAAACCAGCUGCGCCGUCGGUCACGUCUUCCCGGUGCCGCGGUACGAGCUGGCGCUCGCCAACCAGACCCUGAAUGUCUCCGUCAGUUUCCCCGUGCCGUCGUUGAACGUCAGCACCACCCACCCGGCAGCCGGCACGGAGGUGACGGGCCUCUGCGCUUUGCCUCCCGGUCACUUCUCCGACCUCCGGCUGCAGAUUCACGCCGGCCACCGCGUCCUGGCGAGGUGGGGACCGUCCCCGCUGAACUUCUCCCUGAUGGUGCACGGGGAAGACAACGGGAUGGAGCUGAGGUGCGAUGCCAAGCUACUGGUGGGCAGCAAAGCUUCGAAGAGGAGCGAGCCCAUCCGGCUCAACGUCACCGCCAAACCCUGGAUGGAUGACGGGAGCUGCCCCCCCAGCCAGAACUGGACGGAGGGGCAGGAGGAGACCCUGCGCUGCAGGGCACGGGGCAACCCCCCGCCCCACCUGGAGUGUGCCAAGGACGGGGAGCCCUUCCCGGCCGGG